AUGGAGCUAGAGGACACAGACACUGACCCCAGCACCAACAAAGUUCUAACAUCUGCCAGCCAUUCAAUUUCCUCCUUCUUCUCGGCGGACGACUGGGAGUAUCACCAGAGCGCAGAGCGCUACUUUCGCAACCUUAUCAACGUCAGCGAGAGCACAGUGUAUCGGAGGAUCCUGGCUCCCUGCCUGAUGAUCACCGCCUUCUCUGCCCUAGUAGCCUUCUACAACUCCUUUGCCCUCCCAACUCUCGCAUUUGCUCUGGCGCCGCACACGCUGCUUGGCUCAGCACUCAGCCUUUUGCUGGUCUUCCGGACAAAUGCCAGCUAUGGGAGACUUGUGGAGGGCCGCAGGAUGUGGGGAGCAGUGGUGCGGAAUGCAAGGGAGUGGGUGCGGCUCACAACAGUUUACUUCCCUGAGGAGCUGCAGCCUGAGGCUCUAGCCUUCAUCCAGGCGUUUGCCAUAGUGUUGAAGGGCCAGCUGCGGCCUGGGAGGACGAGGUCAGAUCCAAAGGACCUCACAAGAUGUCGCUACGAUGUUCAGUCCAAAGUGCGCAAGGUGCUCGGUCCCGAGGCAGCAGCCUAUGUACUGCGGGCUAGAAAUGGACCGGGCGUUGUCGCGCGUGCUCUCAGCCGCAAUGUCAUCAAGGCUGUGCAGUGGCCUGCACCAAUCCCCUUCUGGGUGGCACAGCGCUGCGAAGACAUCAUCACAGAGCUGGUGAACGCAGCCUCCGGCGCAGACAGACUAUUCCAGACCCCAAUUCCGGUGAGCUACACGCGGCACACAUCGCGUUCGCUGAUGCUGUGGCUGCUGACGCUGCCAUUCGCGCUGUGGCCAGUCAUGGGGCCCUCGCUGGUGCCAGCCUGCUUCUUUGUGGCCUAUGUGCUCAUUGGCAUAGACGAGCUGGGCGUGCAGAUAGAGGAGCCCUCUGCUAUCCUGCCCCUUGUACCGCUGCUGAACAAGAUCCGUUUCGAGAUUCAGACGGCUGUGCGUGAGCGCACUGGCAGCCUCAACUAUGCCACUUAG